GAUAGCUCCGAUUUAAAAGCCAAACCUGCACACUACGCGAGAGAUAAUUAUCCCUCGGAUUCCUCCCUAUCUUCUCUCCUCCUCCAGUUUGGCGUGCUGCGACUUAGACACCAUGUAUAGGGUACUCACUCAUCUGUUAUCAGCCGCUGUGCUCGCCAGCUUGGCCGCCGCUCUCCCGGCACCAAGCCCAACCCUAGAAGAGCGAGUUGUCAAGACCUCGGUAGUCAUACCGCAAGGGACUAUCGUGGGCUCCGUCUCUAGCAGAGUUGAGAACUUUGGAGGCAUACCCUUUGCCCAAGCUCCAGUGGGAAAGUUGCGCCUAAAGCCACCGCAGAGACUCACCUCUUCUCUCGGUACUUUCGAUGCCACUGGGGCUGGUCCUGCUUGCCCGCAGAUGUACUUUUCCACGAAAGGAGAUCUCCUCACAUCUGUGCUAGGAAACUUGAUCAACACACCGCUUUUCCAGACUGUCACAGGGCAGACUGAGGACUGCUUGACCAUGAGGGUUCAACGGCCCAAGGGUACUGCCGCAGGUGCCAAACUUCCUGUUCUCUUCUGGAUAUUUGGCGGCGGAUUCGAACUUGGCAGCCCGCAGAUGUACGAUGCCUCAUUGCUGGUCUCUAACGGUAUUGAUCAAGGAAAACCGUUCAUAUUUGUAUCCGUGAACUACCGAGUUGGAGGGUUCGGGUUUUUAGCAGGAAAGGAGAUCCUUGCCGACGGGGCGUCGAAUCUAGGACUUCUAGAUCAACGUAUGGGUCUAGAAUGGGUUCAAGACAACAUAGCAUUGUUCGGUGGAGACCCCGAAAAGGUGACCAUCUGGGGAGAAUCGGCCGGAGCUAUCUCCGUGUUUGAUCAGAUGGCUCUUUACAAUGGCAACAACACCUACAAUGGGAAGAAGCUUUUCCGCGCAGCUAUUAUGAAUAGCGGGAGUAUAGUUCCAGCUCAGCCAGUAGACUGUGCCCGCUGCCAGGGUAUAUAUGAUACGGUGGUAAAAGCGGCGGGUUGCGCCGGGUCUGCUGAUACGCUUGAGUGUCUUCGCGAUGCGGACUACAAUACCUUCCUCAACGCUGCUAAUAGCGUCCCGGGUAUCCUAAGUUACACUUCUAUCUCUUUAUCAUACCUCCCACGACCGGACGGCGUCGUUUUGACCGAGAGUCCCGACGCCCUUGCGCUCAGUGGCAAAUAUGCAGCUGUACCUAUGAUUAUUGGAGACCAAGAAGAUGAGGGAACACUUUUCAGCUUGUUUCAACCCAACAUCACCACUACCGACAAGCUCGUCGACUAUAUCUGGAAGGUGUUUUUCCCCGAAGUCGCGAGAAAUGAGAUCGUAGGCCUCGUCAACACAUACGAUCCAUCAAUCACCGCCGGAAGCCCUUUCAACACUGGUAUUUUGAAUAGCGCGUAUCCACAGUUCAAACGCCUUGCGGCAAUCAUGGGUGACAUGGUGUUCACUCUCACGCGGAGAAUCUUCCUGCAGUCAGCUCUUGCCGCAAAUCCCGAUGUGCCUUCAUGGUCAUACCUAGCGUCUUACGACUAUGGCACCCCGAUAUUGGGUACAUUCCACGCCUCGGAUAUACUGCAGGUCUUUUACGGCGUCCUGCCUAAUUACGCUAGCAAGGCUAUUCAAAGCUACUACAUCUCCUUCCUGUACACGAUGGAUCCUAACGAGGGCACGAGUUCUAGCAUCGCGAAGUGGCCUCAAUGGAAAGAGAAGAGGGAACUCAUGCAAUUUUGGAAUAAUAAGAGCAACUUACUAGCGGAUAAUUUCAGAAGCACAAGCGAGGAGUAUAUAUCAUCUCGUGCCGGUAUCUUAUUAAUCUAGCCUUGCAUUUAGAGCUGGGUUAGCAUAUGGGCGUUUGGAAUUUGGAUAAGGGUGUGCAUAGGUAGGGAGGUACCUGGCGCUUGAACUCUGGAGGUUAAACGAGGAAGUUGGUUUUGGGUUGCCCAAGCAAACGUUGGCAUAAUGUCACGGUUGCACUAAACGUCAUGUCACCAAUCUUAGUUGAGAGGAGAGAGGGGACGAAAAGUAACUAAGCGAGGCAUACAAUACCAGAUACUGUAGAUAAUCCGACUCAUGCUUGGCUACUGUAACGUUUCUUAGACGUUCAUGGAGCUGCGAGUGCAUGGUAGAUCUAGAUUAAUAGUAUUACGAUGGCGCGGGGUUACGAGCUCGGUAUCGUGGAUA